AAUCGGUGUUGUGACUUGUGACUCCUUUUCAGCUAAUCGGAAAACUUUAUCCCCAAGUAUGGGUAGAACCGCCGUUGCAUCGGUCGUAACUCUAUGUCUAAUUCCCGUUCAUCUCAUCGUCAAUCGUUUUGUUCCCGACCCUUACAUGUGAAGGAUGAGAUAUUCCACGUUCCCCAGGCGCAACACUACUGUCGGGGGAAUUUCACAAGUUGGGAUCCCCUGAUCACUACGCCUCCUGGACUGUACUUUCUUUCACUUGCCUAUAUUGCUUCUUUGUUUCCAGGAUUGUUCUGCAUGCGAGCAGUGCCAUCGUUUUCAGACUCAUGCUCUACUUCAAUUCUACGACUAAACAAUGGUGUUCUUUCAGUAGUAUGUAGCAUUCUUGUAUAUGAGAUAAUCAUUCAUCUGAGACCAUCGCUUGAUGACAAGAUAGCAACAUUUCGUGCUGUGGUUUUGUCAUUGUAUCCGUUGCACUGGUUCUUCUCCUUUUUAUACUAUACAGACGUGGCAUCUCUAACUGCAGUACUUGCUAUGUAUCUUCUAGUUUUGAAGAAGAAGUACAUCUUCAGUUCUUUGCUCGGUACUGUUUCUGUGUUGGUAAGGCAAACAAAUAUUAUAUGGUUGCUCUUUGCUGCUUGCACUGGCGUUAUAGAGUUCGCUCAGUCUCAUCUAAAGGAUAGGGAGGAGGAAAUAGAUAAGGUAAGGACAGCAAUGCAAAAUGAUGAUUUCUCCGACAUCCAUAAGGGUUUUACAGUGAACUCCAAAUUGAGAAAGCGAAGGGUCAAUAAUGGUGUGAGAAAUCAGAAAAAACAUGCCGUAGCAACGUUGAAUCCUAUGGAACAUUCCUCAGGAUUGCUUGACGAAAUUUAUAGCAUAGUAAUUAUAUCUUGGAAUCAUUUAUUGGAGAUUUUGGUUUUGCUAAGUCCUUUCUUGAUGGUAUUUGCGGCUUUUGUAGCAUUUGUGUGCUGGAAUGGAAGUAUUGUUCUUGGUGCUAAAGACGCGCAUGCAGUUUCCCCCCAUUUUGCCCAGUUUCUGUAUUACGGCGUGGUUUCUUCUCUGUUUACUUUUCCUAUCCAUUUCUCUUUUGGUCAAGCUGCCACUCUGUCUCAUCAGCUCCUCAAGAACAGACUGCUUGGCUUUUUACAGGGGUUCAUGGCCUUGGCCCUUGCUUUCCUUUCUGUGAAAUAUUUCAGCAUUGCCCACCCAUAUCUCUUAGCAGACAAUCGGCAUUAUCCUUUCUAUCUCUGGCGGAAAGUCAUCAACCGCCAUUGGUCGACCAAGUACCUUAUGAUCCCAUUUUAUAUUUACUCGUGGUUCUCCAUAGUCUGUAAUUUGGCCAAAAAUCAGAAGAAGCUCUGGGUGUUGGUAUAUGUUUUGGCUUGCGCUGCAACACUUAUUCCCACACCAUUGAUAGAGUUCAGAUACUAUACAAUUCCAUUCUUCUUCAUGGUUCUCCACACCGACAUUAUUGACAACAUUAGUUGGCUUCUGCUGGGGUUCUUGUAUCUUUGUAUCAAUUUCUUCACAAUGUAUAUGUUCUUGUUCCGGCCCUUCUCUUGGGCGCACGAAGCUGGGACACAGAGGUUCAUUUGGUGAUGUGUACCAGAAAUGUGCACAUUGACAUGACUUUCCCCAGCCAUUCACGUUGUUGUUGCUACCACUCCCGUUUCUCUUUCAUCGUCUAUUUAAGGUACAUCACUAUACAGCUUUUGGUUGAGAAACAACUCCUGCAACUUGUGAUUCAUCUUUCGAGAGGGUUCAGUAGUAGUAAGCACACAUCUGCUAACACUGUGUGUAGACUAAUUCUAGGAGUUGCUUAUGAACUAACCAUUAUAAAUCUUGCUUCUAACUAAUUAGUGAAAAUUCAUGAUAUGAUUGAACUUGCGGAUUCAUAGUUGACAUAUUCUUCU